UGGUGCUGAAGCUGACUCUGUCUUUGUUGCUUUUUUUAUUUCAAGAGCCAAAAGGAGGUUAAGAAAUUUUAUCUUGGAAUUUAAACACAAGUUGAAGCUGGAAACGGUUGGUUAGGACAUGGAACAGGCUGGACUGUGGAUAUUCUUCAUGACUACCUGUGUUUUAUCUGAAGUAAAGGGACAGAGAGUGGAGAUGGAUGAAGGGAAAUCCGGAUACGUUGGCUCAAAAGUGGAUCUUCGCUGCCGGUUCAUCAACAGUAACCCACCAGUCAAAAUCUCCCAGGUAACAUGGCAGAAACUGGUGAACGGCUCCAAGCAGAAUGUGGCAAUUGCGAAUCCUUCCCUUGGCGUGUCUGUGGCUCCUCCUUACAGAGACCGUGUCACCUUCAAGAACGCUGCAGUUAGACGGCGAACUCCAACAUUGGAAGACACGACCAUCAGCUUUUCUUCGCUCCGUCUCUCUGAUGAAGCCACAUACAUCUGUGAAUAUACUACAUUCCCUGCAGGAAACCGAGAGAACACUGUAAACCUUACUGUCUAUGUCCGCCCAACAACGCAGAUGAGUUUGUCCACACCGACCCUGGUGGCUCGUUCAUCAAAUUUAAAAACUCCAGUGGCCACCUGCAUCUCUGCCAAUGGAAAGCCACCUGGUAUCAUCAGGUGGGAGAGCAGGGUACCUGGAGAAGUGAGCACCAGAGAGUACAUCAACUCAGAUGGGACCUUUACUGUUCAGAGCGACUACAUCUUAGUGCCCAGCAAAGAAACGCACAGGGAGACCCUGACCUGCGUCACCACUUACAACGAAGAGGUCUACACAGACAGUGUCACUCUUGAUAUCCAAUAUGAGCCUGAUGUAAUGAUCGAAGGGUUCGAUGGAAACUGGUAUCUAAACAGGGAAAAUGUCCAGUUGAGCUGUCAAGCGGAUGCCAAUCCUGCCGUUUCUCUGUACCAGUGGAGAUUGAUUAACAACUCCAUGCCAAGCAACAUUGAAAUCCGAGAUAAUCUCCUCUUGUUUAAGGGGCCUGUCACAUAUGACGUCCAAGGAACAUAUGUGUGUGAUGCAACCAACAGCAUCGGGACUAGUUCUGCGUUUGUUGAAGUCAGCAUUUUAGAAAAGCCUCUUCCCCAGAUUGCAACAGGAGAUGUCAUCAGUGUAAUUGCCUUAUUACUGGCUGCUGGAGUGCUGAUGGGCAUUACAAUCACAGUCCUGGUGCUCAAAAUAAGAACUAGAAAAGACAGUUCAUCAGGUGACUCGCCAUCUAUAAAACUGUCUCAACCAAUCAGAAAAAGACCAGAUGAUAUCCAGCAUGGUGGACGGUUUUAUGAGGAACUUCCUAACACAGCUGACUAUGUGAGCUACAGACUGGCCUGUAACAAGGAGGACUAUCCAGAACCCUAUUCCCCACCCAUCAACCCUCCUCUCUCAUUUCUCCCCCAGCAGCCCUACCAAUCCCCACAACUGAUGCCUGCUCUGGGUGCCAGCAGUGCCAGCACUCCAUCCAAGAACACUUUCGCUCCUCCUACACACACAACAGCUGUCUUCAAAUACCCUUCAGUACCGGGUUUGUCAUCUCCUCCACCUGGAGUGGGGCCGUAUACUUUUCCCAAAGAGCAGUAUGUCUGAAAUGGCAUCAUGUCAUAAGCCCAAACUUCUUGAACCUGAACAUAUCUUCAUAAAAGGUUUGAAUGAGCUGAUUUGAAGCCAGUUGGACUAUCAGGCAACAGCUCUAAACUAUGAAGGUCUGAGGACACAAAGCUUUUUUAAAGUUGUUUCACUUAUUGUUCUGUCUUUGUCUGUCUUAACUGAACGUUUAAAGGGAAUCUUGUGAUCCAUAUUUGACAUUUAGGUUAGAGAAAGCCCAUUUGAAUUAAUAUAUAUUUCUUAUUUAUCACAGUAAAGGGAUUCCCUUGGUGUUUUUGCUGUCCUUACUUUAUCCACAUUAACAUUAUUUUAUAAAACAAAGGAAGAAAAUCUUUAGCAUUGGUUUACAUUUUUGUUAUUUUUAAUUUUAUUGAUGCUGGGGUUUUUUUUGUUGUUGAACACAAAUACCAUCCCUUGUAUGUGAGAUUUUGGCUUUGUCUAAUGGUCUCCUGUACUUCUCUACUUGUAUUUUAUAUACUGUAUUUAAUUGUUUAUUCUUUGUGUGGAAAAGAAAAAAAACAAAUUUGUAUUCUCAGCAGCUUAUGGAAGUGAUGGUUUAUUGUUAUCUGUUCUUGUCGGAUGAGAUGAAAGUUGGAAAUUUUAGUAAAAAAAUAAAAAUUGACAUAUAAUAAUU